AUGCAUUCUUCGUACCAUACUGAGUCUGCCGCACGCACUCUUAAACUGCUGGAGCGUCGCAAAGUCACAACACUCGACAUCGGUAUCUUCAAACGCACAAAGAAACCAAUUACAAUGGUGACGGCAUAUGACUAUCCAUCGGCAGUACAUGUGGAUCUUGCCGGCUUUGACAUCUUGUUGGUGGGAGACUCAUUGGGGAUGGUAGAGCUGGGCAUGGAUACGACUUUGCCGGUGACUCUAGAAGAUAUGAUUCACCAUACAAAAGCAGUCAAGCGUGGAGCUUCUCGUCCGCUGGAAGGAGGAGCAGAUUGCGUGAAAAUUGAAGGGGGAAGGGAGCGCACUGAAACGAUCAAGACAAUUGUUGAUGGGGGAAUUGCUGUGAUGGGUCAUAUCGGUCUUCGACCGCAACAUAUUAGCGUUUUGGGAGGGUUCCGUGCUCAGGGACGCACAGCUGCUCAAGCUCGAACAAUCAUCGAAGACGCUUUGGCGGUGCAAAAGGCUGGAGCUUUUGCCGUUGUGCUUGAAUGUAUCCCAUCAGCCGUAGCCAAGGUUGUAACGGAGCUACUGAAAAUCCCGACGAUUGGCAUUGGCGCUGGUCCCGAGACUGAUGGCCAAGUGCUAGUCUUUCAUGAUCUGCUUGGCAUGCUCCAGCAUCCUCAUCAUGCGCAGUUUGUUCCAAAAUUCUGUAAGCGAUACGCUGAUGUUGGUGAACAAAUUCGGAUUGGCCUUGAAAAUUAUCGCGAUGAUGUGGAAAACGGUCGAUUCUCGAGUGAAGCGUACUCUCCGUAUAAGAUGUCAAAAGAGGAAACCCAAAAAUUGCACGAUUUAGUGGCCAAGGAUUACAUCAAAAUGGACGUUCAUGAAAAUGAAAUGAUAGACACUGAAGUCACGAAAGUUUAUUAA